GCGCUUGGGCCGCGCCCCUCACGGCCGCGCUGGGGCCCGGGCGGGCCCGCACCCGCCUCCCGCGGCACAGGCCGAGGGCGGGCCGGGGCGGCGGCGCGGGAGGGCAAAGGGGCAGCGGCAGAGCGCUCCGGGCCGCCAUGGUGCUGGUGGUGGUGAUGGGCGUCAGCGGCUCAGGGAAGACCACGGUCGGGUCGCGGCUGGCAGAGAAGUUGGGAUGGAAAUUCUACGAUGCAGACGAUUAUCAUCCUCUAGAGAAUAAGAAGAAAAUGGAAGAAGGGAUACCACUAAAUGAUGAGGACAGAAUUCCUUGGCUUUGUGCAUUGCAUGAUAUACUAAGGAGAGAAGACACAUCUGGACAAGAUACAGUUCUGGCCUGUUCUGCACUGAAGAAGUUGUACAGGCGUGUGUUAAUUGGUGGAGCACCUGCAAUUGAAAGCAACCAGCCAGAGCAACCAGGAGAAAACCCAGCACUGAAGAUCCUCUUUGUUCAUUUGGAUGGACCUAAGGACAUCAUUGCUGGCCGCCUGGAGAGGCGGAGAGGUCAUUUUAUGCCACCUGAACUUCUCCAGUCUCAGUUUGAUACUCUAGAGCCACCCAGUGCACCAGAAAACUUCAUUACUGUCAGUCUAGAAAAAUCUCUCCCAGAAAUACUGCUACAGAUUGAGAGUGCCAUUCUUCAGGGUGAGGCUUUGCCAAAGUAAUUUUCUAAAUGACACAUAUAGAAAUUCCCUGAAGGAUAGCAGACUAUGAGACAGGAUUUUAAUUAUUAAAUUGAUUAUUAAAUCAAACCAACUUAUUUUUAAGAGCUGGUUUAUACUCAGUUUUUUAUCAUGGCUCUGGAAAAGACAUAUGUCUUUUAUGUCUUUUGCAUAUAAGAUGCGAGAACUGUUAACUUUUUAAGCCCUUCACUCUAUGAAGUUACAAUACUCCUUUCAGUAAGAGCCUGCUUUUGAAAUUCCUGGCAAGGGUCACACAGAAUAAUUUAUUUUCUUAAUUUUUAUAUCUACUCUGUCAGACACUAGGUUGGGCACAUCUGCUAUUAUAAGAUUAAAUAUUUCAGAGCUUUAUUAAAAAUAACGUCAUUUUCCUAGAACGAUGAAGUUCCAUACAUUACACUACCCCUGUCUCACUACUGGAUUUUCAUCAAGUUGUAGCUUCUGUGUUUGUAUUCUUGUUGACCUUACCAGAACACUGAUGACUUCAUGAAAACUUUUCUGAUCUCAUACUGUAUGCAUUGGCCACCAAGCUGAAAAAUGUGAGGGAAAAAAAAGGUAGUGGUGGUGAUGCACUAUACAAAAUUAAGUUGAAAUGAAAGCUUUAGAAAUAAAGCAUAAGUGUCAUCAUA